ACCCGUGUGAAGUGUGUGUGUGUGUGUGUGUGUGUGCCGUCCGGGCCAAGUCAACCCAACCUGUUGUGGGUCGAACCACUGUUGUACUGGUGACACAAAAAAUGUUGUAGUCAUUAGACUCACAUACGAUUAAUCGACAGGUUAACAAAGAAAAAAGAAAAAAAAGAAACAAACAAACAAAAAAACCAACCAGUGUCGUCUGUUGAAGCUGCAGCAGUAAAUUCUCAGACAGAACAUCCCAUAACUCUGACUCCACCACUGACCCAGUGUGUGUGUGUGUGUGUGAAUUAUACACAGACACGACCACGCACGCACCUGUGCACGAUUCGGUUUGGAAUGUUUUGUUUUACGAUUUAUUUUCUAAAUAAUAAUAAAACCGUGUCAUUGUUUUUUUUCUUUAGCUGUAAAUAAUUCACGGCUUUGUUUUAUUAUUGAAGUUGAACUAAAAUCGUAUUUUUACAGGCCUCAAAAAGGAGCCGUUUCUUCACUGAUUCAAUGUUGGAAAAAAAAGUUGAUGAAAUAAAUCAGAAGUUUAUUUACGAAAAAAAUAUUUAAUAACAUUUAACUCUGGUUGUGUGUGUGUGUGUGUGUCGGUGUUUUUAUGAAGGAGGCGGCAGUGAAUUAAAAGCGGAAUGCUUACCUCUGAUUGGUCCACGGGCUCCGGGCUAAACCCACUCGCUUUCAUCCAUAAAAGAAAGGCCGCGGAGCCUAUGAGAGCGCGCGGCCGUCUCCACCUACAACAUGCAACAAAGUUGGACGGUGAAAGUCCUUCCAUCCAUCCACUGAAUCAAACCGAGGCCAGCGGCACCACCACAGUCCGGCUGAUCCACGCACACAUUUCUGCUGUAUCUCCUCCACUUCCGUGGGUAAAAGUUUGGUUCCUCCAUCACCCGCGUCCCGAACACCAGGGGUCAGGAAGCGACGGCACCGAGAGCAGCUGUUUAGAGAAAAACACUCCGGGUUUUCACUUGGAUUUAGUUUGGACAGAUUUUUGUCUGGUGAUCGUGAGGAUGGCUGCUCUGCCGGGAACUAUGCCUCGGAUGAUGCGCCCUGCGCCGGGACAGAACUACCCCCGAACCGGCUUCCCUUUGGAAGUUUCCACUCCUCUGGGCCAGGGCAGGGUGAACCAGCUCGGCGGGGUCUUCAUCAACGGACGGCCUCUGCCGAACCACAUCCGACACAAGAUAGUGGAGAUGGCCCACCACGGCAUCCGACCCUGUGUAAUCUCGCGACAGUUGCGAGUUUCCCACGGAUGUGUGUCCAAGAUUCUGUGCCGGUACCAAGAAACCGGCUCCAUCCGUCCGGGGGCCAUAGGAGGCAGCAAACCCAGGCAGGUGGCAACUCCUGACGUGGAGAAGCGCAUCGAGGAGUACAAGAGGGAGAACCCGGGAAUGUUCAGCUGGGAGAUCCGGGAUAAGCUGCUGAAGGACGGCGUGUGCGACAGAAGCACGGUUCCUUCAGGUGAGGCUUCAUCUGUCAGUUCCAUCAGCCGGGUGUUGAGAACCCGAUUUGGCAAAAAAGAUGACGAGGAUGACUGUGAUAAGAAGGAUGAAGAUGGAGAAAAGAAAACAAAGCACAGCAUCGACGGCAUCCUCGGUGAUAAAUGUAACCGCACCGAUGACGGCUCAGACGUAGAUUCGGAGCCCGACUUGCCCCUGAAGAGGAAGCAGAGGCGCAGUCGCACCACCUUCACCGCUGAGCAGCUGGAGGAGCUGGAGAAGGCGUUUGAGAGGACGCACUACCCAGACAUCUACACCAGGGAGGAGCUGGCUCAGAGGACCAAGCUGACGGAGGCCAGAGUUCAGGUGUGGUUCAGUAACAGGCGAGCUCGGUGGCGUAAACAGGCGGGAGCCAAUCAGCUAGCGGCUUUCAACCACCUGCUCCCUGGAGGUUUCCCGCCCACCGGCAUGCCGACUCUGCCCACGUACCAGCUGCCGGAGUCCAGCUACCCCAGCGCCACGCUGUCCCAGGAGGGAACCAGCACGCUGCACCGACCGCAGCCUCUUCCUCCGUCCUCCAUGCACCAGGGCGGUCUGAGCGCCGACAGCAGCUCCGCCUACGGCCUGUCUUCAAACCGCCACAGCUUCUCCAGCUACUCCGACACCUUCAUGAGUCCCUCGGCGUCCGGCAACCACAUGAACCCCGUUGGCAACGGCCUUUCUCCACAGGUGAUGAGCAUCCUGAGCAACCCCGGCGCCGUACCCCCCCAGUCCCAGCACGACUUCUCCAUCUCCCCUCUGCACGGCGGCCUGGACGGCUCCAACCCGAUCUCGGCCAGCUGCAGCCAGCGCUCCGACACCAUCAAGAGCGUGGACAGCCUGGCCCCCUCCCAGUCAUACUGCCCCCCCACGUACAGCGCCACCAGCUACAGCGUGGACCCCGUCACUGCAGGCUACCAGUACAGCCAGUACGGCCAGACUGCUGUCGACUACCUAGCUAAGAACGUUAGCUUGUCCACUCAGCGGAGGAUGAAGCUCGGAGACCAUUCGGCCGUGCUAGGACUCCUGCAGGUGGAGACGGGACAGGCGUACUGAAGACCCCGUGUCUCUCCUCCCCCCUCUG